AUGAAAACAAAUGAAAAAGAUGAAAUACUGUUGUGUAAAUUUUAAAAUGAUAUUGUUCAUAACGAAAAGUUGAUUCAAUAAAAUCAAGAAAAUUAUGUUAUUGCAAGCAUCUACCUAAGUGAACAACAAACACAAAUCCCUUCAAUUUAAGCAUCUCAAAAUGGCUUCCCAAUCACAUUAAGUUAAUAAGAAAAAAUUGAUCCUUAAUUAGGAAAUAAUAAGAAGUUCUAAGAACAAUCUUUGGUGAAUAUUGAUGAUCUAUUAUCAAAAUCUAAUUAGGUAAAAUGCAAUAUAAAAUUGCAUGAAUCAUCGUCAUUCUCUCAAAUAUUUCCUUUAAUGGAUGAUAAUUUGACUUGCACGUCUCAAAACUCGUCUUUUAUAUCAUUAGAAAAACAAAAAUGGUCAAUUCAAACAAGUAAAAAAAUCAAGAAGCAAAAGAACAGUAAUAUUAGAGGUGCUAAAACUUAGGUCAGUAAAAAAUAGAUUACUGAAAAAUGCAAAACUCAAAGAAGAACAGAAAAAGUAGUAACUUAGCAAAUAUCUAUUUAAAAUGAUCAACAAGAAUUAGUUUAGGUUCCAUCAACGGGAGCUAUCAUUCACCAAGAAGCUAUUUUGAAUGAAGCUACACUCUAAUUAUAAAAUUAAUAUUAUAUGCAUAACUUAAUUGGAUAUUUGAAGGGAACAAUGAAAGAUCCUUUUAUGGCAUAAAUGUACUUAAACCAUUUCUCUUAAUUAUUUGACAAUCUGCAAAAAUCAAAAUUAAUUGUAUGCCCAGCAGAAUGUACUUUGUCCGGCUAAAUUUAACCUUAAAAAAGUAUCAAAGUGUAAUUAAAUCAAGAAAUUUAGAAGACUUUGAUUAUCGAUUUAGAUGAAACUCUAGUUCAUUGUAAUGAGUUUAGUUGUUUGAAGAGUGAUUUUUUCAUUCCAGUAAUAUUUAAUGAGCAAAUCUAUCAAGUUGGAAUAAGUAUAAGGCCUUAUGCAUAAUAAUUCUUAAGGAAUAUGGCUAAGGAUUACGAAAUUAUGGUUUUCACAGCUUCAAAUCCAGAUUAUGCGAACAAGAUUAUUGACUAUUUAGAUCCACAACAUAAACUUGUAUCCUAUAGAUUGUUUCGUGAUGAUUGCAUUCAAAUAUCAAAUAAUUGCCACAUCAAAGACUUAAGAAUUCUUAACAGAAAUAUGAAAGAUAUUGUUUUGGUGGAUAACUCAGCUUACUCAUUUGCUUUUUAAGUCGAAAAUGGGAUACCAAUCAUUCCCUACUUAGAUGAUAAGAAUGACAAAGAAUUACUACAUUUGUAACAUUAUCUACAAUGUUUAAAUCAAUUUGAUGAUGUUCGUAGUUAAAACAAUAAGAUAUUUAAUUUGAAAACAGUUCAAAAUUGUGUUUCAAUUGUCGAGGCUAUAAAAGAGUUAUCAGCCUCAUUCUCUUAGUGA